AUGAUUAGUUGCACUAAAGGAAAGGGAAAAGCGCGGGCACUUCAGUUUUUGAAAUAUUCCGUUCCAGGAAUUGUGCCAGUAAAAGAAGAAGAGAGAACCAACAAAGGACGCGUACAAUAUGGUCUGCUAGAAAAUAACACGUAUUUCAAUAUCGAUCCAUUUUCUGGGGAUAUUUAUACCAUAUCGAAGGUCCCGAUUGGAAAAUAUGUUCUCCAAGUCGUUGCAAAAAACUCCAUAAAUCAGAACUCGACAGCUACAGUAACCGUCUUGAUUCAAGACAAAAAGGACAGCUACACUUUUACCAGAAGUCGUCGAAGAAGGGAACUUUCUGACCCUGUAGAAAUCAGAGUGAAGGAAAACACAAAGGAAGAAUUUGCAAAGCGAAUUCCUCUUUUCACUGGUGAACAUAUCCUCGCUGCUCCAAUUGUUCGCGAUCACUUCACUAUUCAUUCCGAUGGUACCGUAUCCAUAACAAAACCUUUGAACUACGAGAAGAUUCGAGAACUUUCCGAGAUCUUCGAAAUCGCUGGAAGAUCGAAAAGUACGUUUUUUCUUGAAUUUUCUAUUCGUACACCUGGUAUUGAUUUUACGCUCGCUAUUGAUUUUACGUUCGGCAUCGGAAAUGUACGAUGUGGAUUUCCAUUGAUGUCAUACGGCUAG